AUGGCUGCUACCCUCGUCGAGGCUAUGAGCGAUCUGACCCUGAAAGAACCCGAGCCCAAGGAGGAAUCAAUCAUGGUGGAGUUCAAGGUGGCUGGUCUAAAGAGCUUCCAGCUGGAGUGCCCGCGUGAUGCAGCUGUGCGUGACAUCAAGAAGCUCGCGAUGGAGCAGUGCAACAUUGAGCCGGAGCACAUGCGCUUGAUCUACAACAGCCGCCAGCUGAAGGAUGGCGACACUUUGGAGUGCUACAAGAGUGACGCACCCAUCCAGGUUUUCUUCACGGCAGGCCACGUUGCUGUGAUGGGUGGUGUUGGAGGAACAGGUGGUGGGCCCCGUGGUGGUCAUGGUGCGCAGCCGCAAAAGCACCCCUUCUCCACGCCAGUAAGAGGCCUUCCUGGCUCGAAGGGCCUGCGCUCCUCACGGGUCUCUGGCCGCCCCGGUGGCAUGGCACUCAUCCGCAAGUACGGCAUCAUGAUGAAGCGUCAGGAAUUCCGCGAGAAGGCAGAGGAGAUUGGCUUCAUCAAGUACCGCUGA